UUGGAACAGGAAGAUGUUGAUAUUCCUAGUAGGCGAGUUUUGAUUACUGGUGCUACGGGACUUCUUGGCAGAGCGGUGUUUAAAGAAUUCAAGGAAAAUAAUUGGAAUGCAGUUGGCUGUGGAUACAGGAGAGCUCAGCCCAGAUUUGAACAGAUUAAUCUUCUGGACUCUAUUGCAGUUCAUGACAUUAUCCAUGAUUUUCAGCCUCAUGUUAUAGUGCAUUGUGCUGCUGAGAGAAGGCCAGAUGUUGUAGAAAGUCAACCAGAUGCGGCUUCUCAGCUCAAUGUGGCUGCUUCAGGGAACUUGGCAAAAGAGGCAGCUGGAGUUGGAGCAUUUCUGAUCUACAUUAGUACAGACUAUGUAUUUGAUGGAACAAGCCCUCCAUAUAAAGAGACUGAUGUACCCAAUCCCCUGAAUUUAUAUGGUAAAACCAAACUGGAGGGUGAAAAGGCAGUCCUGGAAAAUAAUGAAGGUGCUGCAGUACUUAGGAUUCCUGUCUUGUAUGGAGAGGUAGAAAGACUGGAGGAAAGUGCUGUGACUGUUAUGUUUGAUAAAGUGCAGUUCAGUAAUAAAUCUGCCAACAUGGACCACUGGCAACAAAGAUUUCCUACUAACGUCAAGGAUGUAGCAACUGUUUGCAGACAACUAGCAGAGAAGAGAAUGCUGGACCCAUCAGUAAAAGGAACAUUUCACUGGUCUGGCAAUGAACAGAUGACUAAGUAUGAAAUGGCAUGUGCAAUUGCAGAUGCUUUCAACCUUCCCAGCAGCCACUUGAGACCAAUUACUGAUUGUCCCGUUGUGGGUGCUCUUCGUCCGAGGAAUGCUCAGCUAGACUGCUCCAAGUUGGAGAUGCUGGGGAUAGGCCAGAGAACACCGUUUCGAGCUGGGAUCAAAGAAUCGCUUUGGCCUUUCCUUAUUGAUAAGAGAUGGAGGCAGACAGUCUUCCAUUAGUUUGUAACUUUUUUAGUAAAAGUAUGGUAUGUGGCACUUUUUUAAAAGAAAAAAAUAGUUUUGUAUGAGUGUUCUUAAAUUGUGACAUUUAUGAGUUUUCAUUUAAUCAGGUAAACAUAUGGUCUUGCACUAGUGAAAUGAUUAGCCUAAAAAAAGCUCAGUGACAAAAAAUGAGCCUAUUUGAUGUCAUGGAUCUUUCCUUCCAUUUGUAUCAGUCUAACUUAAUGUCUAUUCCUAUGGUUCUUAGUAAUCAGUACCAUUUGAUGCAAAGAAAUGACUCAGUUCACUUGUAGACUUACUUUUGGCUGAAUAUGUUGUUGAUGCUUAAGGUCUGUGCCAUUGUUGUAUAUACCAUUUCUCUUCAUUAAAAGACACAGUCAGUUACUUUAUCACCAAAAAUCUGAGUUUUUUGUUUUUAACUUCUGAAGGUGGUGUUCUUGUGAAGUUAAACUGAAGUAGGAAUUGUUAAAUGUUUGUUUUGCUUGAGCUCUGAUCAAAAUAUUUUCUAAAAAAGUGAAACUUUAUUUUUGCAAUUAUCAAGUGUACUUUUUAUGCUUGAAAUAUUUUCAGAAUACUCUGUAACUUGAAUGCCUGCAGCUUCAUAUUUGUACAGUAAGUUGUAUGCAUUUGUUUUAAUGGUGAGAUUUAAGAGCUAGAGGAGGGUGGGGAACAAAUAGUUUUGACCUGGGGUUUUUUUGGGGUUGGGAUUGGA